GUGCAAAAAUGAAUAUGACUGGACUCAAAGCCUAGCCAGUCCAAGCCAGUCCAAUCCAAUGCUUCAAAGUCCAUCCUAACCAAUCCAAGCCAGCCCACCAAACAGGGCUUAAAAGAAUUGAUCCACCUGUCAGCCUAUAAAUAACAUCAAAUCAGCUCACCAGCAACCCAAACCCCAUCUUUCACUUUCAGAAUAGGAUAGGCAAAAAUGGCUAAGCUACUCAGUCAUCUACUGUUUUAUCCCAUCCUCUUUCUCUUCCUCUUUAUCUUUCUUGCAUCAACCGAAGUAGCAAUAUUGGAAGCAAGAAUCUGUCAAAGGCGUAGUAAAACAUGGUCAGGGUUUUGUGGGAACACUAGAAACUGCAACCGUCAAUGCAGGAACUGGGAAGGUGCUUUGCGUGGAGCUUGUCACGCUCAAUUCCCAGGGUUUGCAUGCUUCUGCUACUUUAGAUGUUGAUUCGUGAUCAACCACAGCAGCAGUCAGCAGCAUCUCGAACCUCAAGCUUUCUUAUAUAUCCGGUUAUAUAUACAAAGAAACGCUAGAGUGAGCCUAGUAUCCACUAAAUAAGUCAGCCACGACACUGGUCAGCUGAAAACAACAUCCUCAAUGUAACUUUUUGCCGCACUUUGUUAAAAAAAUACGCACAGCACUGCUGCUGCUACUUCUUCUUCUGUUUGGUUCCCUGCUUUAAUUGUAGAUAACCUGUAACGUAAAGGAAUUCAUGGCGGAAAAGAAUGGGGGAACAAAAAAACAUCAAUGCUUUGAAUCCAACAAUGAAAUGAAAAGGAGAAGAAAAAACAGCACUGCUGUGAGAUCUCCAGUACAACAUGAGCUCCCGAAUC